AUGGCGAACUCAAAAUACGAGUACGUCAAAUCAUUUGAGCAGCCCGACGUCUUGCUGCCGAAUACCUGGAUCGUGAUUCGCAUCGACGGCAGAGGAUUUCACAAACUUUCCGAUCGCUAUGGAUUCAUCAAACCCAACGACCGCCGCGCGCUGGACUUGAUGAACGCCGCCGCCGUGGAGGUCAUGAAAGAACUCCCAGACCUAUGCAUCGCCUAUGGCGUGAGCGAUGAAUAUAGCUUUGUUUUUCACCCCAGCUGUCAGUUAUUCGAGCGACGCAGCGCUAAGCUCGUCACGACGAUUGUGUCCACGUUUACAGCACAUUAUAUCUAUCAAUGGGGGACGUAUUUCCCAUCUACGCCUCUGCAGCCUCCGUACCUGCCCUCGUUCGACGGACGGGCGGUCCUGUACCCGACCACUAGGAUCUUACGCGAUUAUAUGAGUUGGAGACAGGUGGAUUGCCACAUCAAUAAUCUCUACAAUACGACGUUUUGGACGAUGGUUCAGCAGGGAGGGAUGAGUAACACGGAUGCUGAGAGGGAGUUACAGGGGACUGUCUCAUCCGACAAGAAUGAGAUCCUCUUCAAGAGGUUCGGGAUCAAUUAUAACAACGAGGAUGAGAUGUUUAAGAAAGGGAGUGUUCUUUAUCGUCAGUAUCAAUUAGAAGAUCCCAAGCCUGAGUCCAGAUCAAGGCACGGGGAUGAUGAUGAGGCACCGGUGGACGAAAGCAAAACUUCAAAGUCGCAGCAAGACAAACUGCGUAAAUUGCGACGGAAGGCACAGGUGGUCGUUGAUCAUGUCGACAUUAUCAAGGAUGAGUUCUGGGAGAGAAGGCCUUGGAUUCUCUCGGGCAAGCCAGGUAAAUUGCCCGAGGCUUGA